AUGUCUGGCGUGCUGGGGCUACUUCCCCCGGAGCUCGUCCAUUCCAUCUACGACUUCCUGGAGCCGUCAUACCACUUUGCCUUCGCUAUUUCCUGCAAGUUCAUGUUUCAUCAAUCGGGGUAUAUCAUUCAACUGCAUCGCCAAGCCCAUUCAGAGUAUCACGUUGUCUCGGACCGGUCUCCACAAGACGUCGUUCACCUUUUCCUCAGCGCAGAGGCUCGUUGUGGUCUUGAGGCCAUCGCCGCCUGGCAUGUGCGAGAGUUUGAGGUCUGGGGCACCAGGCAUGAAUGGAGCGAGUGGCGCUCCUGGCAAAUCAGUAAUGACGGCCGAGUUUCCCUCGCUAAGGAUGAGCAACCCGUCCGCUCGCCUGUCGAUAAUUCACUCUCUGAGGAUGACCAAUCCAUCCGCUCGCGGCUCAGCAAAAGUCAGUUGGUAGAUCUUGUCAUAUCUACCGUUGACGGCGACCAGAGGCUAGUUGUAGCGGCCAUACAGAGGGGGGAUGAUGGAUUCUUCAAAGCCCACACUAUUUCGUUGCUCCCUCGACUCAAAGUCCUGAAAUUCGUCGAAACCGAAGACCGACACUCCGCAUUGUCCUGGAUCGGCGUAAUUGCAAGCCGGAGUUCGACGCUUGGAAUACCAUGGCCCCCAGGGUUCUUAGCUCUUAGUGAGGUUGCCGUUCACAUUCCCAUCAAUGUUGAGGAGCAGAUCGACCACUGCUCGACGACAGCGGCGGAUCUUGGAAACCUGCUCACCCUCCCCGGUCUCAGAUGCGUGUAUUAUCGAAACAUCCAACUUCAAUUCGAAGAGGACGACCUCUUCAUGCCGGCUGACUCCACUGUUGAAACCCUUAUGCUCGACAAGAUUAGACUUGACAACUUCCGGCUACGAAGAGCCAUCUGCAACGCGCCCUCUCGACUCGAAUCCUUUGUUGUUCGUGGUAGCAGCGACCCGGCCCAUUUUCUGGACAGUGCCCAACAGUUCACUCGCCUUCUUUCGAAAUCCAGUUCAUGUGCGACCCUGCGCAAAGUCCUCCUGUACAACCCGGACCAAAUGCGUGGAUCCACAACUGACUUGUUUGAACCGGCUUAUAUCAAUGCCAUAAGUGGCCUCCGCGUGGUUGAUAUAUGCAUCGGUGACAUGCAGGUAGAAGCCUUUGCGGCUGCCGAUGACGAGAGGGUGAGGGCUCGAACUUCCACAUUGUGUGGCAGAUGUUUUCUUGACGAAAUUGACCUGGGCGACGCCUGCCACGGUGACAUCCGUUGUGAAUCCCCAGACAACGUAGAUCCACAACCAGCCCUGGAAGCCACCCCGGGCACGCCCUCCAAUUCUAUUGAGGUUGACGGCGCGGAGGAAGCGCAGAGUAUCGAUCAGGAAGGUCUGAUAGGCCAUGAUGACCUCGUUCGUCAAUUUGUCAUUGGGCUCCCUGAGAGCCUGGAGGUGCUACUCAUCCAUGGCCAGGAAGAAAACAGAGAGUACUUCAACAGGGGACCUUACGAGGAGAACGAAACGAUCGACGAUGCAGUCGUCGCCAUGCUCGAGAGUGGGCGAUACCCGAAUCUCGAAGUCAUCUACCUCGACCGGGUUGAAAGGCGGGUGGACGAACCAAGAAGCGUGGUCUCGUUCCAGAAAGCAAUUGCAGCGGGCAAAAAGCAUGGCGUCUACGUGUUUACAGUGGCGAACCAGGCACAUCCCCCAGGAGAAAGCCGAUUUCCCGCCAUGCCGGACAGGCACGAUCUCAAGACAGGGCCGUUUCCACAGAGGGGCGCCGACUGGUAUGUCGAUCCUUACACGGGCUCCUGGACAGCGCCAGGAUGCGGUGGAUGCGGACUGUGUGAUGAUUGUUUAGAGUGCUAUACCGCCGAAGCUUGGGAGGCUUUCCGGAACAGGGCAGAUGAUUAA